GCAGUUAGUAGCUAGUAUUAACAUGUUAGGCUGAUUAAGUUCCGAUCUAGUGGCUGCUCGCGGGGCCUGGGAACAGUAUAGAGUCCUUCAUUUCUAUGUCUGAAUCUUCUCUUUCAUUUCUGUGAUAACCCUUUUUCCCCUUGAAAAUUUAGGAAAACAAUGGGCGGCGUCUUUGCAAUUCAACCAUCAUUAGAUCCCUGCUUGGAGCGCUGCUUGGAUUGCCUUAUUCCAAAAGCACUGUAUAUCUGCCAACUUGAAGAUAAUCUUAUUGCUUUGGAGGCUGAAAGAGAUCGGUUAAAGGCUGUACAUACAGACUGGACGCAGAUGAUCAUGACUGCUGAAGAAGGACCAGGAAUGUCGAGGUCCAAAUUGAUUGAUGGCUGGCUUUUAAGAGUGGAAGCUCUAACAAAAGAAGUUGAGCUUCUGAUUGCACGAGGUCCACGAGAGAAAGCCAGAUUAUGUCUCGGAGGCUGUUGCUCAAUGAACAUCAGCGCUAGCUACAAGUUUGGGAAAAGGGUCGACAAAGUACUGAAUGAAGUGAAAGAGCUAACUGGUCAAAGAGACAUUCAAGAGGUGGCUUAUAAGCGACCUGUUGAACCAGUAGUUGAAAGACCUAGUGAGUUGACGCUAGGCUUCAAAACCAUGUUAGAUAAUGUAUGGAGCUACCUUGAUGAAGAAGAACCUGUGUGUAUUAUUGGGGUAUAUGGUAUGGGGGGAGUUGGCAAAACUACCCUUCUAACACAUAUCAACAACAAGUUCCUUGAUUCCUCCAAAAAGGUUGAUGUUGUGAUUUGGAUUACAGUCUCUAAAGAUUUUACACUUGAAAGGGUUCAAGAAGAUAUUGGGAAAAGGAUGGGUUUUUUUAAUGAGCAGUGGAAGGAGAAGAGCUUUCAAGAGAAAGCCGUUGACAUCUUGAAUGGAAUGCGUAAAAAGAAGUUUGUAUUAUUGCUAGAUGAUAUGUGGGAGCGAGUUGAUCUUGUAAAAAUGGGGGUUCCUCUACCAAGCAGACAAAAAGGGUCCAAAGUUGUAUUCACAACACGUUCUAAGGAAGUCUGUGGCCAAAUGGAUGCUGAAAAGAUAAUUUAUCUGAAACCCUUAGCUUGGGAAAUAGCUUGGGAAUUGUUUCAAGAAAAGAUUGGGGAAGAAACACUUCACAUUCACCCGGAAAUUCCUAGAUUAGCUCAUGAUAUAGCUAAAAAGUGCCAAGGAUUACCACUUGCCCUCAUUACCAUUGCUCGUGCUAUGGCUUCUAGGAGGACUCUCCAAGAGUGGAAUCAUGCUGUUGAAGUUUUAAGCAACCCAACCUCAGAUUUUCACGGUAUGUGGGAUAACGUGUUUACCAUUUUGAAGUAUAGUUAUGAUAGUUUGCCUAAUGAUAAGAUCAAAUCUUGUUUCUUAUACUGUACAUUGUUCCCAAGAAAUUUCAAAAUUUUCAAAAGUGACCUUAUAGCUUAUUGGAUGUGUGAGGAAUUCUGGGAUGAGUAUGACAAUGGGUCUAGCGCUAAUGACAAGGGACACCACAUUAUGGGUGUUCUUGUGCGUGCAUGCUUAUUAGAAGAUGAAGGCGACUAUGUAAAGAUGCAUGAUGUAAUUCGUGAUAUGGGACUGCGGAUAGCAUGCAACUGUGCGAGAACAAAGGAAACUAAUUUGGUGCAAGCUGGUGCUCUGCUAAUUGAAGCACCAGAGGCUAGAAAAUGGGAGCAUAUAAAAAGGAUGUCACUGAUGGAAAACUCUAUUCGAGUUCUUACUGAAGUUCCAACAUGCCCGGAACUUUUUACAUUGUUUCUUUGUCAUAAUCCUAAUUUGGUUAUGAUCAGGGGUGACUUCUUCCGCUCAAUGAAAGCACUAACUGUUCUAGACCUGUCAAAGACUGGUAUUCAGGAACUGCCAUCAGGAAUUUCAGAUAUGGUUUCAUUGCAAUAUCUUAACAUAUCAUACACAGUGAUAAACCAAUUGCCUGCUGGAUUAAUGAGGUUGGAGAAACUGAAAUAUCUUAACUUGGAGCAUAAUGAGAAUCUUUAUAUGAUUCCAAAGCAAUUGGUAAGGAGUUUGUCAAGGUUGCAAGCUUUGAGAAUGUUGGGCUGUGGUCCUGUGCACUAUCCACAAGCAAAAGAUAAUUUGUUGUCUGAUGGGGUUUGUGUAAAGGAACUGCAGUGUCUGGAAAAUCUAAACAGAUUGAGCAUCACAGUAAGAUGCGCCUCUGCUCUCCAGAGUUUUUUCAGCACUCACAAAUUGCGAAGCUGUGUUGAAGCUAUAUCCCUCGAGAAUUUCAGCAGUUCUGUAUCACUCAAUAUUUCAUGGUUAGCAAAUAUGCAGCAUUUGCUUACCUGUCCUAAUUCAUUGAAUAUUAAUUCUAACAUGGCAAGAACAGAAAGACAAGCAGUUGGCAAUCUCCAUAACUCAACCAUCUUGAGAACCAGAUGCUUCAACAACCUUCAAGAAGUGAGAGUGAGAAAAUGCUUUCAAUUGAGGGAUUUGACAUGGCUUAUUCUAGUUCCAAAUCUGACAGUUCUGGAGGUCACAAUGUGCAGAAAUUUGGAAGAAAUAAUCAGUGUUGAACAAUUGGGUUUUGUGGGCAAGAUUCUGAAUCCAUUUGCAAGGCUUCAAGUUCUUGAAUUGCAUGAUUUGCCACAAAUGAAACGCAUAUAUCCAAGUAUCCUGCCCUUUCCGUUUCUAAAGAAGAUUGAGGUAUUUAAUUGCCCGAUGCUAAAGAAAGUUCCACUUGGCUCUAACAGUGCGAAGGGGCGUAAAGUUGUGAUUGAAGCUGACGAUCAUUGGUGGAACGGUGUUGAGUGGGAGAAUCGUGAAACUAAAGCUGCCUUCUCUAGAUUUUAUUUUCGGAGGAUAGAACUUCAACCCUCUCAUAUGUUUGGGAUGCUUGGGAGUCGGUGAUUCUCAGUUGAAAUAAACACUUCUUUAUUUAGGACUCAAAUUUGAAUUUUUAUCCAUUUAAGAGAUAAUCUUGCUCCAAACCUAGAAUUUCUUAUUGUGUGAAGAUGUCCGGACAUGGAAGAGAUAAUCCGUCAAGGAAAACUGGGUGGAAGAAAUGUCAGAACAUUGGCAAAACUUGUUGAAGUUCUUCGAUAAAGUCUGCCAAAAUUGAAAACAUCUAUGAAAUAGCAGUGCUUCCCAAUAUCUGAAAGAAAUUGUUGUUACUGAUAACUGUUCAAAUCUGAAGAAGCUUCCACUUGAUUCUAACAAUGCCAAGGAUCAUAAAAUUUUUUAUUCAAGGAUAAGAAGACUGGUAAUGGGAGGAUGGAGCCACUCAAAGUGCUUUCCUUCCUUCGUUUAAAGCCUGUAUAUACUGAUUGAAGACUUGCUCUCUUUAAUUCCCUUUUCUUUUCUUCAUAGACCCUGUAAUUCUUUAAUAUUAGAGUAUUGUUCAUCUAGUUGUGUUCUUGCUACCACCUUAAUCAUGCUGUAGUUGAUUUAAAGUAACAAGCAUCUCUUUUUGUCUACUUUAAGGUAUGAUAUUAGUGCCUGGUUUAUCAUCGUUA